AAACUACAGAGACAUGAUGUUUAAUACCAGAGCUUCUCGUUCACUUGUGGGAUCGGUGGGCAUGGCCAAGAGAACCUUGGCUUCUGCUUCCACAUCCGUUUCAAUUGAGUUACCUGCUUCUUCUUUCGAGGGUUACAACUUGGAAGUUCCGGAGUUAUCGUUUGACACCGAAAAGGAAAACUUGUUACAGAUGUACAAGGAUAUGGUGUCUAUCAGAAGAAUGGAAAUGGCCGCCGAUGCUCUUUACAAGGCGAAGAAGAUCAGAGGGUUCUGCCACUUGUCGGUUGGUCAGGAAGCCAUUGCUGUUGGUAUUGAACAUGCCAUCACUCCUCAAGACACUGUCAUCACUUCGUACAGAUGUCACGGGUUUGCCUUCUUGAGAGGUGCUUCUGUCAGAGAAGUAUUGGGAGAGUUGAUGGGUAAGAGAUCGGGUGUUUCUUACGGUAAGGGUGGUUCCAUGCACAUGUUUGCUCCAGGAUUUUACGGAGGUAACGGGAUUGUGGGAGCUCAAGUUCCUUUGGGAGCUGGUUUGGCCUUUGCUCACCAGUACAAGGGUGAACCCAACGCUACCUUUGCCUUGUACGGUGAUGGUGCCUCCAAUCAAGGUCAGGUGUUUGAAGCCUACAACAUGGCCAAGUUAUGGAACUUACCAUGUGUUUUCUCCUGUGAAAACAACAAGUACGGUAUGGGUACAGCUGCCGCUAGGUCUUCUGCUAUGACUGAAUACUACAAGAGAGGUCAAUACAUUCCAGGUUUGAAGGUCAAUGGUAUGGAUGUCUUGGCUUGUUACCAAGCUUCCAAGUUUGCUAAAGACUGGUGUGCCAGUGGUAACGGACCUUUGGUGUUGGAAUACGAAACCUACAGAUAUGGUGGUCACUCCAUGUCUGACCCUGGUACCACCUACAGAACUAGAGAAGAAGUGCAACACAUGAGAUCCAGAAAUGAUCCAAUUGCUGGUUUGAAGUUGACUUUAUUGGAAAAGGGCAUUGCUUCUGAAGAAGAAAUCAAGGAUUACGACAAGGCUGCCAGAAAAUAUGUCGACGAACAGGUUGCCAUUGCUGAGGCCGAUGCUCCACCAGAAGCCAAGAUGGACAUUUUGUUUGAAGACGUCUACGUCAAGGGUAGUGAAAUCCCAGAAUUGAGAGGUAGAAUCUCCGAUGACACCUGGAACUUCGCAAAGGGUACUUUCUCUAACAAGGUUUACUAAGUCUUCCCCUCCACUUCUGUAAAAAAAAUUCAUUCAUAGUAAGUUUAUAUAGUUUUAUUAGAAUACUCACUGUCAUAGACAAGCGUUUUAGUGCGCACUGUUUUGUCGCGAUGAGAUAAUAUAAUCGUAUA